AUGGUGGGCGGAGGCGAGAGGUGGGGGCGACCGGCUGGGGGCUGCAGGAGCCGGAGCACGUGCAGGCAGAGAAGCAAGACAGGGGCUGGGCAGGGAUCGGGGCUGGGCAGGGAUUGGGGCUGGCUGCAGAGAAAGGAGGCGGGGAGGCGGGACAGCCGGCGCUGGGAGGUCACCUUUAAUGUAGACAUCGUCGUCGGCGCGCAUGAACCACUCAUACUUGUCCAGGUAGUGGUCGUGCAUGUACUUGAUCAUCAUGAAGGACUUUUUCUGGGGAGGGUAGGAGUCGUCCACCCCAGGCAGCGCGAUGACAGGCAGGGGUGGCGGGGGCUGGCCAACUCCAGCGUUGGGGGGCUGCUGGCUGGAAAAGAACUCCACGCGGCCGGGAAUGAAGCGCGCCCAAGUCCGCUGCGCUGCCAGCGCGCGGCUGCCCAGAAAUCAGCACGUAAGGGGAUGAUAGAAGCUCAUAUACUGAAACAUGAAAAGGACUCCUGCUCCUUCUCAGCCUGGAUUGAUAAGAACUGGAUUCUCCACAAGCGGAGAGAAUGUUCACAUCCAAACCUGAAAGCAUUCUGUUUCUCCAGGAUCAUACAAAAGCCCUACCCAACUGAAGCUGGAGGAAAAGAGCCUAAUUUUUUGUGUGUAUCAUCAAUGGACAAAUCAAUACAGAAGCGGAAAGGUAGGUAGAUAUGGAGACAGAUAUAGACAGAUAAACAGAUAGAUGACUGUAUCAUGAAUAAUGUUCUGUUAUUUGAGUUAAUUUCCUUGGGCUCCAAAAUUACUGUGGACAGUGGCUGCAGCCAUGAAAUUAAAAGACAGUUGGACUUUGGAAGGAAAGCCAUAACAAACCUAG